GUUAUGCUUAUGCCGCCACUCUUUCCAUUUGUAUAAAAACCCACUCGACUGCUUUGGUGGUUCCCAGUCCUUUACUUCAUUUUGUUUUUCUUCAUUGUUCCUACCACACAGUAAAGAUGCAUCUUAAAUGCGCCACAAAAUUGGAGAACAAUUGGUAACGGCAGCCUCAGCCUCCAUUAAUCUCCGUUUUCAAUUUCUGCUUCCCAAGAGCCGUUGCCGUUACUUGAAGAAAGAUUUUAUUAGCAAAAAGAAACUGGGACCUCGAAAAUCUUCAUCGUUAUUUUGGGUUCAAGUGAUCGGUUUCCAUGGGUUGCGUAACCUCGAAACUCGACCAGCUACCGGCGGUCUGUUUGUGCCGCGACCGCUGUAACUUCCUCCAGGACGCUCUCCAGCAAAGCUACGCCCUUGCCGAUGCACACAUAGCAUACAUGCAGUCGCUCAAGACUGUGGGCCCUGCUCUCCACCAUUUCUUCGAUCAAUGUCUCAAAUCUUCGUCCGGCGAUGACUCCGCUUUCUCCACCGAGAAGCCGCCGAAGCUACGUUCGCCGCUGUCCUCGCCUGACCAUUCUUUUUCGAGUUCUAACUCAGAUUCGCAUAUUCAAUUCGAUACUGAUUCGGAAGAGGAAGAGUCGGGCGAAGAUUUUAGUAAAUAUAUUAACGAAAUCCAUAUAAGCUGUCUUAAUCAGGGGUUCUUAACAUCAUAUCCUUUGUCUAAUCAUGAUUAUCACGCUAAUACGAACCAAAGCAGAGAAAUCAAUGGCUCGGGCUGGAAAACACCUCCACCUCCGCCUCCGAGGAGCACGGCUUGGGAUUACUUGAACUUUUUUGAUGAAAUUUACGAGAGAUACGAGUUGCCUUAUUCUACCAAACCAGUGAACGAAGAAGGAGCUGAUGAUCAUCUUGAAGCACAAGUAUUAAAGCAAAUUCACGGAGAUGAGAAAUCUACUACAGAUUAUACUGAAGAAAAAAGAGAAACCCCGAGUGGAGAAGCUGUUCCAGUAAAGAACGGCGAUGCAGAGGUUGACAAGGUUCAAAAGAAGGCUGCUAUAGAUGAACCCAAAAGUCAAAGCGGAAAACAAAGUGUCUCUGAGGUAAUCAAAGAAUUACAGGUCCUGUUUGAGAAAGCUUCGGAGUCCGGAAAUGAAGUUUUGGAUAUGCUCGACACUAGGAAAUUUCAUCAUCAUCACAAAAAGUCUGUUUAUCAAGGUUCUGCGAAGAUAUUUCAUAUGCUUACUUCAAAUUCAUCGGAAACAGGGACCUCACUGCUAAAAAGAGAAUAUUGAUUCUAUGGAUAAUGAUGAGGUUUUGAGUUCACAGAAUCUUUCAUCUACUCUGAGGAAACUGUGUAUGUGGGAGAAGAAGCUCUAUGAUGAAGUCAAGGCUGAGGAAAAGUUGCGUAUAAUUCAUUCAAAGAAGCAUAGCCAGAUGAAAAGAAUGGAUCAGAAGGGUGCUGAUGCUCACCGGGUUGACUCCAUGCGAACUUCGAUUAGGGCCUUAUCUACUAAAAUGAGAGUUGCAGUUCAAGUUAUUGACAAUAUAGCAAUUACCAUAAAUAAGCUGAUGGAUGAAGAGUUGUGACCACAGAUCAAUGAACUGGUUCACAGGUAAAUUGUAA